AUGUCUUCUUUUUGCGCCGCAUCUGAAGCCGAGCUCCAGUCGCGAGUCUUCCUAACUAUUGCUUUGAAUCCCUUAAAAGACGAAAAGCUUCCCUACUGUCUUAGAUGCUUGAAUGCUUCACGGCAGUGUUUAGGAUAUGGUAACCCCCAGGUUUUCAUAAAUCAAAUGCUAUCGCCAGCUCCAUUGAACCCCGAUACGAAGGGGGGGCAGAAUAUUCAAAACCCGCCAAGAAAAAUGACUUUUAAAUUCUCCACUUCUGGCACAAAGCUUUCUAUGAUGCUCUCACCCGGUAUCUCAAGAGACGAGAUAACUAUAUCUCAUCUGAUAAGAAAAUUCCCCGUCGAUUUCGCAUGGAGGCUUCCACCCGGGGCUCAUGGCUCGCCUUUGUCUGCCGUGUUUUCUAACCCAAGCGAGCGUACUACCGCCUACAUGGCUGGGAUAUGUCUUGCCGAAGCGUUUUUUGCCCGGGCCCACAAACGCCACGAUCUGGUGGUACAUGCAACGCUAUUAUACAACCGUUCGCUGCAGCACCUCCGCCAAGAUUUACAAGACUUGAGCCGCCAUACAUCAGCUGCUGCUAUGUACUCUAACCUCUGGAGCUCUUUUCUUCUCUGCUUGUAUGAGGUUGUAUCCGGCGUUAGCUCAGUUGGGUGGCUAGAGCAUUGCCACGGCAUCACUGCUCUUAUACAGAUGCUAGGGCCAUACGCGUUUCAGGAACUCGACACAAAUUUAAUGCUAGAAACGUAUCGAGGGUUGAUUGUUGUAAAUUUUCUUUUGCAGCGGAAGCACUGCUUUCUCGAGACAGCUGAUUGGAAGACCAUACCCUGGCUGAUUAAAGGAAAGUCGCUCGGAUCUUCACUACAAGAUCUAUUUUGUGACAUCCCGGGAUUGAUCGAAGACGUAGAUGUAAUCACGUCGCGAUCUACCCUGGGAGAAGACUUAGAAGGCAUGAAAGAGGCACUUUACGGGAAAAUCGAAAACACGAUUCAGCAAGCACACCAACUGCGAUGGCGGUGGGAGCAAGAUCACGCUAAUGCAUGCAAAGAGGUACCGUCUUCAGGCUAUUCUCCGAGCUCUUCCAGUGAUCGGGGAUCCUCGCCUUUUCCGACUGUCCUUCACUUCAGUAACAUGGAUCGUGCUAUUGAAAUUGUAUUCUUCAAUACGCUUCAUUUACUUAUAGAUACGCUAUUGGACCCUAUAGCUCCUGAUGCGAUGCCUUUUUUGAAUCCAUCAGGAUUACAAGAGUAUUUUGGCCCUUUUCAGAACCCGCUGCUUCUUCCAGGUCAAGGGAGCAGAGAGGAUCACGCCUUAGAGAUCUGCAGAAUCGUUGACUUCAUGUCACACUGCAAAUAUGACAGUCUCGGAAUGUUUAUGCUUCUGUUUCCUCUAUACGUGGCACGUUUGUGUUUAGCUCGACGCCCAGAUGUUUGUUCGUGGAUAGGGAGAGUUAUGAACCAGCUUGUUCGUGAGAAGGGAUUGAAUAUUGGAGAAGUUUUAUCAGAAGGCACAGCAUAUUAAUUUCAGCGUCAAAUAGCGGAAUCGAUACUGGUAUUAGCUAGAUCUAGAAUAUGACACAAACAAAGGGGAAAAAAAAUAGAAAUCAAGACUGCCAUCAUAUAUGGUAACUCAACCCUGAAACAGC